CUUAGAUGUUGAAGAUCCAACGGUUGUGUUUGUAUUUUUCAAUUUCCUUUUUAGGUGUUAGAUUCCAGAAAAAUCAUGUCCCUCAAGUCACCGGAAAUCAACUCCCUAAUGAAGGAGGAAUAUAUGCUCCGAUUGUCGGUUACAUAACGAGUGGACUCGAUCAAAGCCACGUGAAUAUUGCGAGGGAAAAUCAAGCGUCACAUCUUAAUCUCUCUCUCUCGCCAAAGCUGGUCGCGGCGAAUAGAGCUGGAAGAAAGAACAAAGAAGAGAGGCAACGAUAAGUUGUCAUCGUCAUCGGAGACUACAACUUUUGAGAGCAGUAACAGGGAUAGGAAGAAAUCAAGAAACUUUUGAAUUUGUUCGUUUAAAUGGAAAAAAAUGAAACAGACGGGGAAAUUAUUUUGUACUAUGAGUGAUCACCUUUGCGGUGUAACCUUUUUCUUUUCCAAUGUAAAUAUGAAGCCGGAAUUAUAGUUCGGCGAGCGAUUUUCCGGUGAAGGCAGAUAGAUAAUAUGAGAUGAUAUGAUAUAUUUCUCAUUUCCUAAGUAACAUAUUGGGCCUUACUGGGUUGUGACCUUUGCAAGGCCAACUUUCUUUAACCUAGCUGUAUGUUACACUGGGCCCAAACAAUAUUCAGAAAAGCGCAGUCACAUUCGCGCUCCUAUACUUUCCCAUUAGCCAAACAUCCUCCUCGAGAAUUCUUCAGUAGAAGCGGAAACAAAUAUCAGUUAGUGUCCCAGAGGAAUGAAUUACAGAAGGGAUAUUCGAAAUUCACGAUCAUCUCUAUUUGAUGAUGGCCUUGAGGAAGGUGCACUUAGGGCCUCUUCUUCAUAUUCACAUAAUAUUAACGAGCAUGACAAUGACAAAGCAAUUGACAGUUUGAAAGACAGAGUUAUUUUCCUGAAGAGAGUAACAGGUGAUAUACAUGAGGAAGUAGAGAGUCAUAAUCGCUUGCUUGAUCGGUUGGGCAACAACAUGGACAUAUCUAGAGGUGUAAUGUCAGGAACAAUGGAUCGAUUUAAGAAGGUAUUUGAGAAGAAAUCAAGCCGGAGAACAUGCAUUCUUGCAGGAUUUUUCGUUCUCUCCUUUUUAGUUAUAUAUUAUCUCAUUAGGAUCCUCAGAUAUGUGCAAGCUUAAAGUGGACUUAUGAGAACAUUUUCCCCUCAAGUCUUGAAUUGGGUGAUGGAAGUUGCACCACAUAUGGCACGCUGCAGUGUGUACUUGCAUCUUGAUCCUGGUGCUGAGAAAUGUACUGUGUGUGAAGGUGCAACAUAUGCUUACAUUGCCAAACUUUAAUGAGUAAACAUUGUUGGUAGUAGGCAAUUGUAGAUUUACUGAAAGGCGCUAUUGGCCUCUCACCUGUUCUUUUUCUCUUUUUAUUUACUCCUGUGGGAGGACAUGCUCAACAAAAGCAGAGCAUUUUUUUUAGUAAAUGAUCAAAUCAUAGAUUAAAAUUCAUUUUUAGGCAGAA